AUGCUCGAAGAUCCUUCGUACUCCUCAGUCGUACGUUGGGGCGAUGACGGCGACAGUUUCGUCGUGCUCGAGAAUGAAAAAUUCACCAAAUCCAUCCUCCCCAAACAUUUCAAACACUCCAACUUCGCCAGCUUUGUCCGCCAAUUGAACAAGUACGACUUCCACAAGGUACGACAAAACAAUGAGGACGGAGGGUCGUCGAUAUAUGGCGCCAACGCCUGGGAGUUCCGCCACCCCGAUUUCAAGGCGAACAGCAAAGCGAGCCUGGAUAACAUCAGGCGAAAGGCUCCGGCGCCUCGAAAGGCGUCCAAUCUGACCGACGACCAGAUUUCCAUUCAGCAAAUCGACCUAAUGAACCAGCAGAUUGUGGCGCAGGCCCAACAGAUUGAGUCCUUGGUGCAGACGACCAGUCAACUUCAAAUGAACCAUCAGAUGGUCGUGCAAGAGCUCCUCCGCCUGCAGAAAACCGUGGUCAACCACGACCGGGUCAUGCAAGACGUCAUGACAUAUUUGCAUUCGGUAGAUGCGAGGCAGCGAAGGGACAGCAAAGUCCUCUUUGCUCCCCAAGCAGAUUCCACGCAGACGGGUACCACAUUGACCCCCACAAGUCAAAACAUGCUUGCUCAAGACGACGACGUCCCCGCCUCACCUCUCCAGCAUGCCGCAAAGCUACUCAACGAAAUCAAGCCUGACGGUCAGUUCAACAUGGCCGGCCUCGAACAAUUGAACACCAACAUGCCGACCCCGACCAUCCCGCAAGACACUCGCAACGCUCAGUUCCGCGGGUCCAACUCGGCCACGUCCAGCGGUAGCAUGGGAUUUGUCAAAAUGAGUCCGAAUGAUAUGGAUACCGUCGUCUAUCCCAUGGGGACCACGAACGGCAUUGACCCCAUGUACAGUGAGCACAUCAACAAUAUUCCCUACCCGAUGCCGUCGAGAGAUACAACACAAGAUUCCCGCGCCCAUUUUGCCGACAGUCGGAAGAAGGUUGGACUCCCCGACCCAGGUUGGAGCCGACCCCCGAGAAUUCUCCUGGUGGAAGAUGACCCAACUUGUCGACAGAUUGGCGGCAAAUUCCUGUAUUCAUUCUCCUGCGUGGUCGAUUGUGCGCUUGAUGGUCUCGAGGCGGUCAGCAAGAUGCAAGAAGGCAUCAAAUACGACAUGAUUCUCAUGGAUAUCAUCAUGCCUAAUUUGGACGGGGUUUCUGCAUGCCAUAUCAUCCGACAAUUCGACCGAACGCCCAUUGUGGCCAUGACCUCCAACAUUCGAUCGGAUGACAUCCAGAUGUAUUUCCACCACGGCAUGGACGACGUCCUCCCCAAGCCUUUUACCCGGAAGUCCUUGCUGGACAUGUUGGAGAAGCACCUGAUACACUUGAAAAAGCUUCCACCGGGGAUGGACGGACAGCAGAGCUCUUCAACAACCAUGGGCGCUUCCGGUGGUCCUUCAUCGACCGGUCAGUCCUCUCGCGAUGACAUGUCGGCUGGAACUUCUCCCGCAGGGUCCAGUGGAGCGUGGAAUUCCCCUGGUCAAUAUUCCGGGGUGUCACCGGUCAAUCCCAACAUGCAUUUCACGGGUAUGUCCCAGCAGCAGCAGCAGCAACAAUAUGUGGAUGUGAACGGGAACACCUUUCAGGCCGGCCCACAAACCCCGAUGGGGAUGAGGCAAGGCAUGAUACAACAGCAAGCCCAAAGGAGAGGGCAGGCUGACAUGUCUGGUGGGAAUGAGACGGGCAGCGCCCACAAACGACAGCGAAUAUACGCCCCACAGCAGUCAAUGGCUGCUCCUAUGCGGCAAUGA